CUUUGAUAAGAAAACACAUUUUCACAAAGGCCUGUUAUGGAGGCAGGUUGUUCAGCUGUGAACCAAGCAGAGAGUGAGUUUGGACUAGACUGACAAUUGGAUAUUCACCAUGAACCAGAAUGGUGUACUGAGUGGAGGGCAGAUUGAUGUACUCUCUACUGAGUACUUAGUGUUACUCACUCCCAGUGUGAUUGGGAGUUUUUCUGUCCUGGUGGUUUCCAUAGUGAGAUGGAGGCGUCUCAAUGAACAGGUGCACCUUCUGGUGCAGCUCGCCCUGGCAGACCUCCUGGCUGCUCUGAUCCUGAUGUACACCAGUGCCAUUAACAAAGUUAGCACUGACGACCGUGUAACCAUCUGUCAAUACAUCCUGCCACUGUCAAUGACAUUUUACUUUAUUUCGUUUCUGCUGGUGGUGGUUUAUGCAUGGAAGUCAAAGAGUGCUAUCCAAGGGUGGAGAGCAAGACCUGCAGAGGAUGAGGGUGGACAGAGUCGGUGUAGACGGACAAUAGUUACUAUUCCUGUAUAUGCCAUUGUGUGGUUGGUCCCCAUCGCAGCAUACUUGGCAUACGUGCUCACACCCUUCAUCAAACCUACUCUGGUGAUUCCAGCCACUAGCAAAGCAGCGAGCAGGCUCAUCCAUAAUGACAGCAAAUACUGCGAUAGCUGUAUUUUGUUCCUGCAUGUCUGGAGCGAUUCCUGCUCUGAUGCUGAGAUAAUCCAUGACACUUUAAUCAGAGUUUUCCUGUUCCUCAUCGUGACAUCAGUGAUGUUGUCUUGCUCUGUAAUUUACUAUAAGGUUGGUAAGUGGUAUGAAAGGCAUGAGCAGGAGGGGCUUUUUCCUGUGGAGGGAGAUGGACGUUCAAGAAGGAGAUUCAAAACGGUGUUUUCUACAGCGAGAAAUAUGAUGAUGGUCAUCUUAUUCUGCUGGGCCCCAGCUCUCCUCCUCUUUCUGCUGUCUAACCUGAUGCUCUGGACAAACGUUGAACAAAGCAGCCUGUUUGGCCUUUAUAUGAUACAGGCUGCCAGUGUGUCCCUGCAAGGCUUCCUGAACAGCAUGGUUUAUGCCUGGAGACGGCCCAACUUCACCGAGGCCGUUCUUGGGGAGCAUACACCCCUGGUGGCAUAUGAUCGCCUGGCCUUCUUUGACGAGUCACUGAGGAGCUCGUCUUGAUUGUUGCCUUGAGACACGUCGAGAGACAUUGUUUUGCGACGACACAGGGCUGAGGACGACUUGACUGCACAUCUGCACACUUCAUGACUUCAUGGCGAGUUAGACUGAAACAUACAAUUGCCAUUCGCAGAAUGAGCAUUAAAAAAAACUGAACAAAAAAGAUGAACACAAAGACUGUUUAAACAAGCAACGACUGAUGCAUUGUUUUUCAUUGCAGCUGCUGUUUUUUCAUGAAUGCAACAAAGUCAUAGUAGCACACAUUAUAGUAGCAUAGUUUUAAUGUAAAUGGUGACAGAAAGGGCUUCUGGAUAAAUUGUAGCCAUGUUAUAUUUAUAUACGUCCUGUUAAUGUUCUGUUGUAACGGUCUCGUAGAGAGUUAUUGAAUUAUUCUGCCAUGUGAUUUCUAUUUUACUGUGUUUUGUCACAUGUAUUUAUAUUGUCAGAUAAGGCUCUUAUUAACCAUUUGUUUUAUUAUUGACUUGUUAUGUAACAGUGGCAAAGUACUCUAUAGUCCAGGACAAGAAUGAUGGAAAAACCUGUCAGGGUUGUACAGUACGCAGUCACCGUUGUGUCAUUUCAGAAGCACGGAUCACUUGUGGUGACAUAAGUGUUCAGUCUCAGAGCAUGUGAGUUUUAGAACAGUGAGGAAUGCCGAGCUGCCGCAGACGAGAGGGGAAUCACAGCUUCUGCUUUGUCAUGUCUGCGUCUGAACUCUUCGUGUUAUCUCAUAAGAAAUAACGUGCGGUUGUGCAACUGAGGUCACACAUGAGGCAUUUCUAUGGUUGUUCACACACACACAGACACAGACGUACACACACUCAUAAAGAUAGGUACAGUCUCAUGUUAGAGUGUCCUAAACCUCAUGUUAAAGCAUGUGUGCCUGCCUGAGUUGAACUCUCGGUUUAUAGCUGACUGCAGACCAACCUGUUACUGCUUAUGUAAGAGAUCACCUGACUCACUCAUGUAUCUGCUGUACUGUAAAGUAAACCUGGCGUUCAGUUCUGGCUGUGCACGUUUCCUUUGCUGAGGGCCACAGAGUCCCCUACCUGUAUGUGGGAUUGAUGCAUGCGAUAAAACACAUGGGUUAUGAAUAACUCCAGGCUUGUGACCAUCCAAAAAUUGUGCUGUGGAAUCAGACAGCAGAGACAUGUCUCGGUUUGUUUUUUUUACCUGUUUAGAAAUAAGCUUUGAUCCAUUCUGCAGAGCUGUGUCUUUCUCCACUGUGUUCAAACUGUUCAGUUGAGGAAAGGAUAAACAUUUUUAUACAGCGAUAAGCUGAGCUAUUAUGACAGAUCCAAAUUGUUGGGUCACUUUACUGCAAUAAAAAGUCUUACAGCCUGCA